AUGGAUAUCAUCGCAGAUGCAGCCGCCAGCAUUGGUGGCGCUGCUGCAUUCGGGGGCGUAGCUCUGACUCUCGCAACAGCUGCCUAUGCAAAUGCCAAAUACGGCCUGGGAACCGACAUCGACAGUCUCAGAGAUGAACGCGCAUUUGGCAAGCGGCUAACCCAGCGCAUUGCACAGAUGGGCGAUACCUGCACAUUGUACAAGCUGUUGGAGCGCGUGAUUGAAGUAGACAGAAAGGGGGCCGCAGAUGCCCUAUGGUUUGAGAAUAAGACCUGGACUUAUGACCAAGUCAAAGAUUUGGUUGAUCGUUUCGCUGCUCAUAUCCAUGCUCGUGGUGUGAGAUCUGGCGAUUAUGUUGCCAUUUUCACGACCAAUUCCCCUGAGAUGGUAUUCACGAUAUACGCCUUAUCCAAGCUAGGAGCCGUCGUAGCUAUGCUGAACACAAACCUGCGCGAUGACACAUUCAAGCACUGUCUCGAUAUCUCAGCAUCAAAACUCAUCAUUUCGACCCCCGAUCUCGCUGAAUUUGUAAAGUCGGAUCUUCCAAGAAUAUCCGUCAAUUUCUCCUCAUUUGACAACAUCACUCCCCAAUCAUCCCCAGACAUAGAGCAUAUCAAUCUCGACACCAUACAGCAAAUCCCCACGUCAACUAUCUCAUCCUUAAAACCCGCCAAACGCAGCCCCUCAGAUAUAGGAGUCCUAAUUUACACAUCAGGAACCACCGGAAACCCCAAGGCAUGCGCAAUCCGCAACCUUGGAAUAAUGGUCACAUCCACUCCGCUUCCAAGAGAUACUCGGAACCCAAAAAAGUACUUCCCACUACGCACAUACUCCUCUCUACCACUAUUCCACGGAACAGCUUUUUUUACAGGCAUUUGCUAUUCCGUUGGUAACAGCGGCACAUUAUGUCUCCGACGCAAAUUCUCCGCGUCGAAGUUCUGGCAGGAUGUUCAUGAGUCAAGGGCUAAUCGCGUGUUGUACAUUGGAGAGCUAUGUCGGUAUCUACUGGCAUCCCCUCCCUCGCCGUAUGACAGGAAGCACAACUGUCAGGUAGCCUAUGGAAAUGGCUUGCGGGGCGAUAUCUGGGAGAAAUUCCAGGAGCGGUUUAACGUGCCUGAAAUCAGGGAAAUCUACCGCUCGACCGAAGGCGUUGCUCGCUUCGACAACUUCUACGGCGGGACAUGGGGUGCAGGGGCUGUGGGAUUCCAGGGGCCGAUAAGACAGUUCCUUGAACAAGACACGUAUCUAGUCAAAUACGACCCGGAAACCGAAAUGCCAUAUCGUGACCCGCAAACGGGGUUCUGCGUAAAAGCCAAGGCGGGCGAGGAAGGCGAGGCGAUUGGCCGCGUUCGCAGUCGGCAGGCUCUAACGGAGUAUUUGAAUAAUAACGAUGCUACGGAGAAGAAACUUGUACGCAAUGUGUUUGAAAAGGGGGAUGUGUUUCAGCGUAUGGGCGACUUGCUGGUUCGGGACCAGGAUGGUUGGGUGCGGUUUGGAGAUCGUGUCGGCGAGACGUUUCGUUGGAAAGGAGAGAAUGUGUCGGCUGGUGAAGUACGGGAUCACAUUAGCAAGAUUGAGAAUGUACAGGAUGCAGUGGUUUAUGGUGUGAAGUUGGAAAAUUACGACGGUAAAGCAGGCGCUGCAGGCAUAACCCUAGUACAACGUACUCCCAACACAGAAGCACAGUUCAUGAAAAACCUCUAUCCAGCACUCAAAUCAAAGGGCAUUCCGUCUUACGCCAUGCCCCGAUUAGUACGAAUCACUAGCGAGGUCGCCACUGGCGUCACAUUCAAACAAGCCAAAGGCGACCUCUCAAAACGUGGCUGGGAUCCAGAAAUGGAUUGGAGAGGCGAUAAUUUGUACUGGCUGAAGAGCGGCGGGCAGGGGAGUAAGAGGGCUAGUUAUGACAGGCUCGACGGGGGAAGUUGGGCUGAGAUCGAGAGUGGUAGAGCAAAGCUUUGA